AUGGCCGUGAAAAUAUCCGUCCUUCUCCACCUCAUUUUCUGGCUCUCGCUCAUCUUCCUCAUCAUCUUCCAUGUCAAGUCGAAAUCCAUCACUGUUCCUGCCACCUCGCCUAUCCGUGAUCACCAUGCUUUAACUAACCGGAAAACCCUAGCCUCUAACUUUGACUUCACCCCAUUCCUAAAACACCAUCGCCACCACGACAAUUCAUCAGAGCUAGCUGGAACAUCCAAUAUUGAUCCACGUUAUGGCGUUGAGAAACGACUCGUGCCAACUGGUCCUAACCCUCUGCACCACUAG